UUCCUUGUGUCACUAUCUUCGUACUAUUAUUCUUCCUAGACUGUUGUUUAUUGAAAGCUCUGUGAGCUUCCUAUCUGGCUGGCUUCACUCCUUCGCCAGACUCUUCUCUUCCUCCGAGUGGCCAUGCGUUUUACCAAGCCAGCUGCAGUGGCAGCAUUCAUUCCCUUUGCUUCUCAUCUAGUAGAUGCGGCGCCUCGGAAAAUAGAAAUCUCUACCCUGGGUGGUGCUGCCUUUCGAAUUGAGCAGGCUCCCAAUCCCGACUUUUACUAUGGAAACAGGCGAGGGCCCAUCGCCUUGGCCAGAGCCUACUCCAAGUUUGGGCAGCAGAUUCCCGACGAUCUACUGGGUCUCAUCGAUCAAAUCCUUGGCGAACUUGGAUUGCUGAAUGGAGGCAAAGGCAAAGGCGGUCGCAAAGGGGGCAAGGGUGGCGGCAAAGGAAAGGGCAAGGGAGGAAAAGGAGGCAACGCCGGUGCUGGUGGUUCCAAGGGCAAUGGCACAACCACUGCUCCCGGAGGUGGAGGUAAUAAGGGGAAUGGCACAAAGACACCUCCAGGUGGAGAGGUUGCGGCAAUUCCCGCCGAGUUCGACAGCCAGUAUCUCUGCCCUGUCCAGAUCGGCACACCGCCCCAGACUAUCCCGCUCAACUUCGAUACCGGAUCUUCGGAUCUAUGGGUCUUCAGCAGCGAGACGCCGAUAACUCAAGUCGCUGGGCAGGCAUUGUACAACAUCAACGCCAGCACGAGUGCCAAAGUCCUCCAAGGCGCCUCCUGGUCGAUCUCAUAUGGUGACGGUAGCUCGUCCCAAGGUAAUGUCUACAUGGACACCGUCACGAUCGGCGGUGUAACCGUAGAAAACCAGGCAGUCGAGUCUGCUACUCAGGUGUCGUCGUCCUUUUCUCGGAAUAAGAACCAGUCUGGUCUUGUCGGGCUCGCCUUUGGCAACAUCAACACUGUUCAGCCUACCAAGCAGAAGACCUUUUUCGAGAAUGCCAUGACCAACCUCGCCAUGCCACUUUUCACAGCAAAUCUCAAAAAGGCAGCGGCUGGCAACUACAACUUUGGCUUCCUCGACUCAACAGAGUACACCGGCGAUAUCACCUUCGUCCCCGCCAACACGACGCAAGGCUUCUGGCAAUUCACAGCCCAAGGUUUCGCCGUCGGCUCCAACGGCAGCGCGCCCACCUCGGCCCCCCACGCCGCCAUCGCCGACACGGGCACGACGCUCAUGCUCCUCCCCGACGCCAUCGUCUCGGCCUACUACCAGCGCAUCGCGAGCGCAAAAUACGACGCCACCAACGGCGGCUUCGUCUUCAACUGCAAGGACCAGAUCCCGUCGUUUACCGUCGACAUGGGCACGUACCAGGCUGUCGUCCCGGGUGACUUUAUGAAGUUUGCUCCCGUCGAUGGACAGACGAUUGAGACUUCGACGACGUGCUUUGGGGGUAUUCAGAGCUCUGCGGCUUUGCCUUUUGCGAUUUACGGGGAUGUUUUCCUAAAGUCGCAGUUUGUGGUGUUUCAUGGUGGGAACAAGGAGUUAGGGUUUGCGAAUAAGCCCCUUUAAUGAAUAAAGGUAGACAGACGCUGGACGUUAUCUGUUUUUGUAAUGCGAGGGGCGGUGGUACAAGGCUUGAUGGGUCUCAGCAGCGCCCAUCGUAGACGACAUGUAUUUUGCUUAUUCGGUAGAACAGAUUCAAAGAGCACUUAGAAAGUAAUUUCUAUCCCUUGGUACCUCGAA